UCGUUCAAGGCCAAUAGAGGAGUGGACCCCGAGACAGUUGGAGCUAUUCAGGCAUUUCUACACACACAAGGGACAGCCGUCAAGGCAGUUGAUAUUGCCAAGUCACUUGGACUGGCCACAUCAUCUGAAAUUAAUCCCAUAUUAUACUGGAUGUCUGACAAUGGACAGAUCGCUCAGGUAUCUGAACAGCCAGUUUUGUGGAUGGCCCAACAGCUUAACAGCGGCCCAGCUAAUGUCGGAGACAUUGGUUGUCAACCUACGUUCCUCCGAUCCGAAGAAGAAAUGUUCACAGAUAUUGGCGAUGUUCAUUUGAAACUUGAGGAACCAUCUUUGCAGGAUAAAAAUGAGAUGUCCGGACAAUUUCUUGGGGCUAGUCACCAGAAUCUACAACUGUCCCCUAACCAUUAUGAUAUACCCUCUGCUCUGGGUAAUGACAGAAGCCAAACAGGCAGUACUGCUUUCUGUGAUACCCUUAUGAAUGUGAAAGAGGAGCCCAAUGACGGUGAGAGUGAUAUGAUAAUAAAUAGUUCAAGUGAAGAAAAUCUUUUUUCUAAGAAUUUUGAUGAAACUGUACCAUCUGAUAUAUCAGAUGAUGUUUGUGGACAGACAAGUAGCCAGGAUACCACAGCGAUUAACAAGAAUACUUUUCAGGGUGGUGCAGAGGAGUUGAAACCUCAGCCCAAAGCAGUUUUCUCUGACGUAGACAAAUUAUUACAAUCACUGCUAGGAUGCCCAAUGAAUAUGGCAAAAUUAUUUGUGUUAGUACAUAGAAUGAAAAUAUCACAAGAAAAUGUCAUGGAAAUAAUCCAAGAGGCCAGAAAAUCUAAGUAUGUGAGUGACCAGGACGGUGUUUAUGUGUUAGAUAAAAAAGGUGAGGAGUACAUUCGUGGUAAAUUAAUUACCUGUGGAGACGAGGGGCAAGUUCAGAUCGGCUCAACUAGACCAAACCUACAGCCAUUGCAGGCCAGGGUGCAGUCUUCAGGUAAACCGCCCAAUCCGUACGAGAUCUUGGGUCGAACGACUCGCCCCUCCCUUGGUAUGCUUGCCAAUCGCAUGCCUCUCAGUGUUCACGCAGGUGUGGGAGUGACCCCUCGUAUGCCAAGGUUCCCAGUCAGGUGUACAUUUAGUAAUCCUGUGUCAGCCGGAUCAACUCAGCCGGCGCAAGGCAUACAAACAGACUCAUUGAUAUCACGACUGAUGAAAAUAUCGCAGUCUGAACCGUCCAAACUGGGAUCAUCCUUAUCGUCAUUACCACAGUCGGCUCAUCAGUCAUCUUCAUCACCACAUUCAUCGUAUCGGGCAUCACCUUCAUCACAUUCAUCACAUUCAUCAUCUGAAGCCUCCUUCCAGCAAUUCGGUGGUCAGUCAGCAUCGGGACUUUUGAGGCAGCCUAACCCUACAAGUUUGCCCGAGAGCUUCAGACCUCCGCAACCUCCAAUAGAGAUU